GAUUCCGCGCAGAUGGAGAGAGCAAAUCGUCCCAUUUUGUCUAUCAGAUGCCUCAGCCCAGCAGCAGACACCCUCCCCUAAACUCCCCCAUGGCCCCUGGCUCCUUUAGCCUGCAGUCCAAUGGGGCCUCCUCCCACUAUGGCGAUCCCCCGCACCCCCUGCCCAGGAGAGUACUGGUGAGAGGGGGCAGACUGACUCUCUUCCUUACAUUCUUUUUUGUUAGAGAGGACAACAAUUCAUUUUCAUCAUCAAUUGUUUGAUAUUAUUUCUUUGGUAUUUCAAUUUAGUAGAGGCCAAGGCAUAGCAGACUAAAUUUCAGUUUGAAUAUUGCUGUAUUUAGUUGUUUUCCUUCUAAAGGCCGGGCAUUUUUAUUCUGUUUCGAUAAUCUGUGUUUUUUAGACAAGCAGCCCUUGGAUACUUCAAAUAGCUCUAUCUGCUAGGCUCCGGCAAGUAGUUGGCAACUCCAAAUCUUAGUCAACACAGCAGCAUUAGUUCCCUUAAUACUCAGUUUGAAAUCUUUUCUUACUCUGAUGACAGAGAAAUAAGUAUUUUGACGUUUUCCCUGAAUCAUUACUGUGGGGCAUACACCUAUUUUUCUCCAUUGAUAUGGGUGUUUCCCCCCUCAGAGCAAAUAUGUUAUUUUGGUUUAGCACAGGUUUGGCUUAGUCACCCUUAGGGAUGGUGUAAUAUUUGUAUUUCCUUACUGGUGUGGUGUCUCUAUCUGCUUGUUUUCCAGCCCAAGCCAAAAGUAAUGCGGGUUCAAGCCAUCUAUGACUGUGUGGGUGACCACCAUGAUGAGCUCACUUUCAACGAGGGCGAGGUAUUGGUUGUGCUUGGGGAGGACAAUGCUGAUUGG